GGACAGGCCUGCGCGUUCGUGUGUUGCGGGGACGCGCCGCGCGUUCAGUGACUCAGUAGAAGUGUUUCGGAUCGACCGCGCCGCGCUCAGCUGCUCUCCGAAACCAAGUGUCACCUCGCCGGCCAAAAACAUGUCCAAACUGGAGCAGAUCCUUAUCCUAGAUCCCCCAAACGACCUGAGGUUCAGAGGUCCUUUCACAGAUGUGGUCACGGCUAACCUGAAGCUCAAGAAUCCCUCGGAGAGGAAAGUAUGUUUCAAAGUGAAGACCACAGCGCCGCGCAGAUACUGCGUGCGACCCAACAGCGGCAUCAUCGACCCCGGGGCCACGCUCGUCAUCUCCGUUAUGCUGCAGCCGUUUGAGUACGACCCCAACGAGAAGAGCAAACACAAGUUCAUGGUGCAAUCCAUCUUCGCCCCCGCAGCCGCCACAGACACAGAAGCCUUGUGGAAAGACGCGAAACCCGAUGAUCUCAUGGAUUCAAAACUCAGAUGCGUCUUUGAGCUGCCGUCUGAAAACGAUAAAGUGAACGACGUAGACUCUGUGUCUAAAUCGGCGGCGGUUCUGAACUCCUCCAAAGUGGACGGGCCGGUGGCAGUGAAGGCGGUCAGCGCUGCUCUGGACGACUCGGAGAUGAAGAAGAUCGUGGAGGAGUGCAGACGCCUGCAGACGGAGGCCAGCAAGCUGCACGAGGAGAACCGCCAGCUCAAGGACGAGGGUCUGCGGCUCAGGAAGCUCCAGCGCAGUGAACACAUCACGAGUAACUCCAGCUCUGCUUUGGGUCUGGAGUCCAGGGCUGGAUCUCUUCCCUCGCUGCUGGUGGUCAUCGCUGCCAUCUUCAUCGGGUUCUUCCUCGGCAAGUUCAUCCUGUAGAGCAUCUCCCUUUGUUUCGGUUCCUUCUCUGUUUUCUGUUGGGGGACGGAUGGAUGUUAGAGCCAUGAACUGCUGUAUCCAGCGAGAUCUGAGGGUCUUGGUUUCACUCAAACUCCGUCGAAAGUGUAAAUGUGGUUUUAAUCUUCAUCCAGACGAAGGGAGAGCUUCGGACAGCGUUCUUCCUCAUUCGUUCUGUUCCUAACGAUACCAACGCAGACUGUUUUAUUACUGUAAUUAUCAUUUAUUAAAUAUAUUAUUAAUGUGCUUUCUCUCAGAGCAACAUUUAUCCACACAGACGUUCACUUUACUGUCUCGUACUAGACGACGUUGAAGAAAUAAAAGAAAAGAGAAAAAAAAAA